ACCAAUCAAAUAACGGCUCUUAUCUGAUAAGCGGCGGUGCUGAUCAUUUCAACACGUUCACAUCGUACAUUGUUUUAGAGGCGUUAAACUGUGAUAAUAUGGAUGAAAAUUGUGAAUUUCUAUUGAAGUGAAGUGUCGUGUUGUGGGAAGUAUUGAAGGUUUCUAAGGCUAUCUGGCCAAAUGUGGGAUAUUGGCGUGGGUUUCAAUGGCUGGUGGCACGGGCUUGAGUAAGAUUAUAAACAGGAAGAAAGUGUUCGACGGCGGAGAGUUGCAGAUUGGGAACCUUAAAAGAUGCUUAACGCAGUGGGACCUCACGGGACUAGGAGUCGGCAGCACGCUCGGAGUCGGCACCUACGUCCUGAUCGGCUACGUGGCUCUCCACUUGGCUGGACCUUCAGUGGUGCUGUCGUUCCUAAUCGCUGCUGUAGCUGCCUUGUUAGCAGGUCUUUGUUAUGCGGAGCUCGGAUCAAGGGUCCCGCGCGCCGGAGCCGCCUACAUCUACACUUAUACAACGAUAGGUGAACUCGCUGCCUUCUGCGUGGGCUGGAACAACAUCUUAGAGGGAUUGUUUAGUACCGCAAGCAUAGCCAAGGGCCUUAGUCUGUGCGUGGACUCUAUGACCAACCACUCAUUAUCAGAUUGGUUCACGUCUAUAGCUCCAAUCUCAGCGGGAUUCUUCUCACCGUAUUUUGAUCUGCUAGCGUUUUGCGUUGUUUUGCUUGUCGGAGUUUUAUUAGCGAUCGGAGUGAAAGAGUCGACUACUGUGAACAAUGUUCUGACUGCGCUCAAUAUGCUAGUCAUCGGGUUCAUCAUUAUCGCCGGAGCUGUCAAAGCUGACAGUGGAAAUUGGUAUAUAGCAUCAGCGGACGUGCCUGAGAACUAUGGUUCUGGUGGGUUUUUCCCGUAUGGGGUGUGGGGGACUUUGAGGGGAGCAGCCGUCUGCUUCUACGGCUUCGUGGGGUUUGAUACCAUCGCGGCUGCAGGUGAAGAGACACGGAACCCACGCGAUAACGUACCAAUAUCAAUCCUGUUGACCCUGGUAAUAGCGUUCUUCACGUAUUCCAGCGUGGCUAUAGUGGUCACUAUGAUGACGCCGUACUAUCUGCAGGAUACCACAUCACCCGUGGCCGGCGCUUUCUCCCAAGUUGGCAUGGACUGGGCUUGGUGGAUUGUUUCUAUAGGCACGAUCUUUGCAAUUUCUGCCAGUCUUUACGGACCGCUGUUCCCCCUGCCCCGCCUUCUUUACGCAAUGUCCUCUGACGGUCUCUUCAUAAGAUUCUUUCAGAGAGUGUCCAAACGCGACUCUCCUGUUAUCGCCACAUUGGCUUCUUCAGCUGUUAUAGCUGUCCUGUCUUCAGUGAUGGAAUUGGACCAAAUGCUGAUGAUGCUGUGUAUUGGAACACUCCUAUCUUACACCUCGGUUGCGGUGUGCGUCCUAUUGCUAAGGUACCGAUCAGAUGACCCUUUCAUCAAAUCAAGCAAACUGAGCAUAAUUUUUGGCUGCGGACUAAAAGAGCCUUCAAAAUUCACAACGCGCGUUAUUAUAUAUGCUCUCCUGUUAUUCAUUUGCGUUUGCCUGAGUUCGGCCCUGGUUCUGCUUUACGCGAAAAAUGCCCUGAUACCAGUUUUAGUAUUGCAUCUUGUCGCAUUGAUAAUUAUUUUCGUGAUGUGCUGCCAGCCUAAGAUCGUGGAAGACUUCGCUUCUAAGACACCAUUGGUACCACUUAUCCCAUGCCUUAGUAUAUAUGUAAAUAUUCACUUAAUGACGCUCAUAAACAUACAGACUUGGAUCAGGGUCUUCGUUUGGAUGCUGAUAGGUAUACCUGUUUAUAUAAUCUGCGUAUGUUGUAAAAAAGAUACAAAUAAUUUAGAAGGAAAUAUGAAAACUUUUGUUCAUGUCAACAAGAAUGGAAAAGCUCCUGUUCAAAUUGUGGUAGAAUCGCCCACACCUCCAAGUAGCAAAAGAAUAAAUGAUUUUGGAGCAUUCGUUGGGAAUCCCGAUGAAAUGCAAGAAAUAAAAUCAGAUGACUUGGAUGAAAUAAGCGAAGAAGUUGACGAAAAACCAGCUAUCAAAGAAGAAAUUAUUGUUCAUCAUGCUAUUUAUGAAAACAGUGAAGAGAAGGAAGCAAAAAUAAUUGAUUUAUUAGAUCAGGUAUUGCAGGCAGAAGAAGAUAGAUAUGGGGAAGAAUUAAAAGAUGUAGACGAAACGAACAUUGAUAAUACGGAUGAUACAGUUGUUCACAGGAAGUCAUUAAGUGAACUGUCUGAUGCUGGGUCCGACGCAUCUUUUGGUAAUCAAGUAUUAUCUAAAUAUGAUGUAAUUGCUCAAGUGCACAGAGAAGAUUUGACUAUUGUCAGUGAAGAAGAAGAACGACACGAUAUAGUAGACGAUAAUAAGGAAAAUAUAGAAAUGGAAGAAUAUGAACAAGUGACUGCCUUCAACGACAGUGAAACAAACUCAAGGACAGACGAAUCAGGAUAUUCUGAUACAAUACUCGAUAAGACUGGUUUAAAUGACUCUGCAGAAAAUGUGAAAGAAGAUGCACCUUAUAUACCACCUCCACCCCCACUUGAUGAAGAAUACUUUGCUAGGCCAACAUUUCAUAAAUUUUACUCAAUGCCAAAGGUACCUAGUAAAGCAUCUAUAACCCCGUCGAUUAUACCGGACGAAGAACGCCAACCACCAAGAGAAAGUUUGCAAUCAAACAGCUCUCACGGCGAUGGAACUAUCGUGUUCGGCAGCGACAGGCAAAUCCAUUUUAUGUCGAAAUUAAGUAAUAUAUAUGCGAACAAAUUAAAUCCGAAUGAUGAGCAAGAACAAAGAAAACGAUCACAUUCAACUGGCAAUGUGGCGGAAGGAACUGAUUUAGGUGUAGCUAGUCGACCGUUAAUUUUUAAAGAUUUGAAUAAGGAGUUUUUAGAGAAGAAAGGUAUGGAUUUGCGACCCGUUAAAUUAGAGGAAGAAAAAGGCACAGAAUCUAACGAACCACUGACAGAAGACGGGGAAGAUUUAAGUAUGACGAGAGACGAAUUAAAAUCUAAAUUGACCACAAUAUUUGCAUCUGGUGGUACGAAACUCGUAAAGCCAAGACUAAUGAAAUCUAAUCCACCAACACCUGAAGAUGCUUAUCAGACUGAGACAUCUAGUACUGAUAGUAUACCUAAGAUAACAAAAGAAAACAAAAACGAUACACUAUCAAGACAGAGAGCCAAAUUUGGAGAAGUUUUAAAUUCAUUCCGACUAAGUUUCAACAAUGACGAUCUAGUGUAAAACGAACAAUGUAAUCAUUUAAGUUACUUUAAAUUCGGGUAUGUGUACCUAGUCUUAUGAUUAAGUGCCUUAUUAAUCAGUAUUGUGUAAAUGUGCCUUCAGUGUAGAAUCAGCAACGAUACGAAUUAAAGAUGGCGAUUACUCACGUUUACCAGUGGAGUUAACUGAUCAGUGUACAGUUCAUGUUAAAGACUGAUGUGAGCAUGUUUGUAUGUGGAAUGAAACAGUGAAUUAUGAAACUAAAUUUUAUUACAAAUACAAUCAUUAGAAAACAAUAAC